CCCCCCACCCCACCCCCGCUAACUCACUCGUAAUGCUGCACAGAAAUCUUUUCACGGAUAUACUUCACCUUUUACUGCUCGUAAACCACUAGUUCAUUCAAUGCAAAGAAGCCCACAAUGUCAGAACUCUGCGAUCUGCAAAUUCACAUCAAUGGCCAACACACAUUCUUCCUCUCCGAGAAAAUCCUGUCAAAGUAUUCGUGGAAGUUGAGGAAGAUAAUCAAGCAAGAAAAGCGAAGAACUCAGAUCAGGAGGUCGGGGAUUGAGAUUGAUGAUUUUCCAGGCGGCGCUGAUGGGUUUGAACUGAUUUCAAGAUUCUGUUACAACAACGGCACCAUUUCCAUUACAGUGGAAAACGUUUCCCUCCUCCACUGCUGCUCGGUGUUUCUUGGAAUGUCUGAGAAGGCAUCCCUCGUCAAUCUCUUGCAUCAAACCGAAGAGUUUCUUGACGGGGUUUUCUACUGGUCCUGGAAUGAAAUUAUCACCUGCCUCAAGAACUGUGACCCCUUCUUCUCUUAUGCAGAAUCCCGUGGCCUCAUUCAGAAGCUCUUGUCCUCUCUUCUUGCCAAGAUUGCACAGAAUUCCGAUGUCAGCUUACUCUCUUUCUCCUCAUCUUCUUCGUCUUCCUCUCCCGAAACAGCACGCAGUUUAAACUCACCAACAAUAUGCAAUGGCUCCACAUCAAGAAAAGCUUGGGCCUGGUGGUUCCAAGACUUGACUGUUUUGAGUCCGAAGAUUAUAGAGCAUUUCCUCAGGGCAUUAGGGUCUUAUGGGAGUCAUAACAACAAUUUAGUCCUCACAAGAUUUCUCCUGCAUUAUCUCAAAACCGCACUACAUUCCAACGGCGGCAGCAUAAGGUACGCAUCGACCGAUUACCGAGGAUUAGCAGACACUGCAGUUCACGGGGUCGUGUUGAUGGGGAAAACUGCAUUUUCCUGCCGGGGGUUGUUCUGGGUGCUGAGAAUUGUUUCCGGUUUCGGGCUGAGCCGAGAGGGGCGGGCAGCGUUGGAGAGGCUGAUAGGAGGGAUGCUUGAUCAGGCAACCCUGGAUGAUUUGCUGGUGUCUGGAGGGAAUGGAGGGGUUUAUGAUGUGAAUCUUGUUGUGAGAUUGAUCAGAUUAUUCGUUCAUUACUAUGAUAAGGUGUCAUUGGAGAAGAUGAAAAAGGUUGGGGAAUUGAUUGACAUGUAUCUGGGGGAGAUUGGACCUGAUCCGAACCUCAAGAUCUCAAAGUUUCUUGGAGUUGCAGAGAGUUUGCCUGAUUGUGCAAGAGAUUCAUUUGAUCAAGUCUAUAGAGCAAUUGACAUCUAUCUUCAGUCUCAUCCAUGUCUUUCCUUAGAGGAAAGAUCCAGAUUGUGUAGAUGCCUAAAUUACGAAAAGCUGAGCCUGGAAGCCUGCAAAGACCUAGCAAAGAACCCUCGAAUACCUCCAAGAAUUGCGGUUCAAGCGCUGGCUUCUCAGCAUUCCAUCAUACAAACGGCGGAGUUUGUGAGCGACGAUCAUUCAAGCCUUAGCAGCAACAGUUAUAAGUGCAUAAAUAACAGUAAUAAUAGUAAUUACCAGAUGGUGUUGUACGAAAACAAUGACAACACUAGUAACUUGGAAAUGGAGAGCUCAUCCGACGACAAGGAAGAUGUUAAAGUAAACUUGGAGAGGAUGCAGUGGAGGGUGGUGGAGCUGGAGAAAGUGUGCAGAGAAAUGAAAGGUCAAAUGGCAAGAAUGGUGAAGCUCACCCCUCAACAUACAAGACCUUUGCCUAGAUUGUGUUGAUCAAUCUUCUUCUUACACAUACUUUGUUGCUUUUGAUUUGUUAUUUUGUUGAUUUUCUCAAAAAAAAAAAAAAAAAAGAAGAGAGAAAAAGGACUUGUUCAUAUCCAGAUGAAUGGAUUUUGAUUUUAUUUUUGUUUGUAAAUGUUUAUGGAUGCAAUUUCAAAUCAUAAUACAAGCUAUUCAUGUUCACAAUAA